GAUACACAUUUAAUCGAAAGGUGAUUGUGAUCAUCGAUUGCUUUGAAGUGUUCAUCGACAGACCAACAAAUCUGCUGGCUAGAGCCCAACUACCUCCACUCUGCACUUUCUCUAACAUAAAAGGCCACUUGUUGACUCCAAAAAGACGUCAAACAUGUAAACAUUAAUUUUAUAAAUGGGCAGAAUUAAAAUCUGCUCAAAUUUAACUUAUAUGAUUUGUGGGAAUAGACAUUAUUUACGACUUUAAGAUCAACUAGAGAACUAUUAAGCAAACCGACAUGACAAGCUCGUUUUUAUCAUCAGUCAUUUUUGAUAUGUUUAUUUGUUUUCCGGAAUGCUUUUGAAUGACGUAUCACUUCAACACUGAAACGUGAGGCCAAUAAGUAGUUUUAAAUAAAUGCAUUUUUGUUGCAAUUAAAAGAGAUCAGUAUUGACUCAAUACGUGACAAGCCGAUAUAAAUUGAUGUUGAAUGCUCGGAUGACUAUAAAGUUCUGAAAUUGUGUUUGCUGCAUUUCGUUUACGAAAAGAUCUCGUUUAGCAGUAGUCAGAGCUCAAGUCAACUGAGUCAGAUUUAUGUCUUCAGAAGAUGAGGUGCAUUAGCGUCCUUUUAUUGAUCAACACUGGCUUUGCCGCUGUACAUAAUCCUGACGAAAAUUUUGGCUUGAGGAACUCCAGUCUUUUUGAAGGAGACAUGCUACUUCCGGAGGAGCAGCGGGAAAGAGCAGAAGAAGGAUUAGAUAUUGAUGGGAUUCGCCACAAAAGAGCCUCGUCGAGAUCCAAAUUAUGGCCUAAGGGAGUCGUCCUCUAUCAGAUCUCUCCAAGCCUCAGUCGCUAUUCCCGAGCGAUGUCUGCCAUCAGAGCUGGGAUGGCCGACUGGACCUCAAAAACCUGUAUUCAGUUUAAGAGAAGAACAAGCCUUAGUCAGAAAGCUUACGUUUUCUUCAGAUAUGGCAGAGGAUGUGCAUCAUAUGUGGGAAGAAUUGGUAGGCGCCAAGAUAUUUUUCUCGCACCAGGAUGCUGGCACAAGGGCAUCUGUUCUCAUGAAAUAGGUCACGCUAUCGGAUUUUACCAUGAGCAGUCCCGUCCUGACAGAGAUAAGUUCAUCAGGAUUAAUCGUGCUAAUAUAGUUUCAGGGAUGGAAUCUAAUUUUUAUAAAUACAGCAGAGGAAAAAUCGAUUCACUCGGCACACCAUACGACUAUGGAAGUCUAAUGCAUUAUAGGGGUACAGCUUUCAGUAGGAAUGGAAAACCUACAAUAGUUGCUAAAAAAUCAGGGGUUACUAUUGGCCAACGAAAAGGAUUAAGUUCCAUUGAUGCAAAACAGGCGAACCUUUUGUACAAAGCAGAGUGUGCAAGGAGGCCCAAGCCCACACCGAAGCCCACGCCCAAGCCCACUUCAAAGUCAACGCCUAAGGCUACACCCAAACCUACGCCAAAGACCACACCCAAGCCCACACUUUACGCCACAUCAAAGCCCACGUCCAAGGCCACGCCCAAGGCCACGCCCAAGGCCACGCUCAAGGCUACGCCCAAGGCCACGCCCAAGCCUACCCCGAAGACCACACUCAAGCCCACACCCAAGGCCAAACCUAAGCCCAAAGCAACUUGCAAAGACAGGUCACGCAAAUGUCGUCGUCGGUCUUGGAUACGCCGCUGCAGAAGGAGGAGAAGAAUAAAAAACAAAUGCAAGAAAAGCUGCAAAGUCUGUUGAGCAAGGAGAAGAAGAAAUAGUUCUUAAAACCCUAAGGCACAAGCGAGAUAAGAACCAUAUUUAGCGGUUGACUUUAAGGGUUAAUUGCACGAUAAGAAGUUUAAUUAAGUCCUAAAAUAAACUCUGUAAUGAAGAAAAAAUAACGAAAUAGUUAACGUAGCUUUAAGGAAAGCUUGGUUCGCACCUGCAACACAAUCGUAUCAAGACGACACAAAGAAAAAAAUUACCUCUUUGUAAUUGUUGCAAUGUUUAUCAUGUUAUAUUCCUACUGUGCUGUUAGGUCUUCAUCUCCACAUAAACAGCGUGAUGAUAUAUCGAUCUUUUAGGACGUUCUGCUUCAUGAAACCAAAUUAAUGUGAAUUCUGCUUGCGUCGCUAAGUCCGAGAAUGUUAUUAUGUUGCCACAAUGUAAUCAUACUUCAGACUUAUUCUUGAGCGAACGAAGGAAUGAAUGCGUUCCGUAAAUGUAAAAACCUUAAAAGUAAGCCUACGUGUUAGUGGCUUAAAGGCAAAAGAUAUUUCACGCAGUUAGGUGAAAGCAUGUUUGUGAUUUAUAAAGGGAAACCUUGCUUGAAAUGUUGCCUUUCGGAGGAAUAAUGCCCUAGUUUUUCCAUAAUUUAAUGAAAACAUCCCCAAGGAGCUCAAGAAGACACCGUUGAAGCAUCGUAACUCGGAUCUCAUCACUAUUCUCCAUGCCGUGCAUGGCUACAGACAAAGAUCUGUCGUGAACUCGUACAUGAUGGUAUCCUAUCUUAAAACAAUCUAUAAAGGACAGGAGUUUAUUGCAUUCUCGAAUUCUGACGACGUUCUAGUGGACGAAAGAUUUUAGCUAAACGAAAAAAAAUUAGGUUACAAGCUGAAAGGCAAGUAAAGCUGAAGGUAAAAACUGUAACCUGACAAAUAGAUAAUACUAAAGAAGAUCAAUAGCUCUAAAAUACUGGUCGUUUGUUGUUUA